AGAAAAAAUUUGAACGGAAACGUCGGAAAGGAAAGGACUUUCAAAAUCCCCACAGUUGGCCACGCCUCGUCCCUCUCGCUCUUCCACACUCCGUCCCUACACCCGCCUUCCUCGCUUUUCCUCUCAUUCACUCUUUCCCUCUCUCUCUACACUUGGUCGCGGUCUUCUCGCCAAUCCCACCCAUCAAACCGACUAAGGUUGCUGUCUCUGGUUCAGCUCUCUCUGGACGCAUUUCUCCUUAUUGGCCUGUUACGCAAUUUAACUUCAUUUUGUAUCUGUUUCUGUUGAUUUUGAAUGUGCUAUGAGGGGUUGUCAUGAUUGGCGAGGAAUUUUGGGUUCUUCCUGGUGACUGACUGCAAAGAAUAUCUCGGAGUUCUGACACAAUGAGAGGUACCCCACCUGGGAUUUUGCUAAUAAGAAGCAUUAGAGGCAGGGAUUGGUCCUUUGCUACCUAUAGGUAUUUUGUUUUGUUCAUUACAUUCAUUGCUUAUGCUUGUUAUCAUGCUUCUCGAAAACCGACUAGCAUAGUCAAGAGCGUUUUGUAUCCUGACCCAAAAAGAAUCCCGGGACAGUAUCCUUGGCCUAUUGGCAAGUUUUUUAUCAAGGAGAAUUUUGUAGAUAAUGACAUUAGCACGUUGAGAUACGCGGGUUGGGCUCCAUUUAAUGAACCGGAUGGGCCGUCGAAGUUGGGGGAGAUUGAUGUUGCAUUCCUAGCAUGUUAUUCUUUGGGAAUGUUUGUUGCCGGACAUUUGGGCGAUAGGUUGGACCUCCGGUUGUUUUUGGCGAAUGGGAUGAUCGGCAGUGGCAUUUUUGUUGGGUUAUUUGGGAUGGGAUGUUUUUGGAAUGUGCAUGCGUUUUGGUAUUUUCUGGUAAUGCAAAUGGCUGCUGGGUUGUUUCAAGCAACGGGUUGGCCUUCGGUUGUUGCUGUUAUUGGUAGUUGGUUUGGGAAGAGGAAGAGAGGUUUGAUAAUGGGUAUUUGGAAUGCGCAUACUUCUGUUGGGAAUAUCACUGGGUCUCUUUUGGCUGCUAGUGUCUUGGACUAUGGGUGGGGCUGGUCUUUCAUAGUUCCGGGCGCAUUUAUCAUUAUGGGAGGGAUAAUGGUUUACUUGUUCUUGCCCGCUUACCCUGAGGAUUUUGGGUUUAACUGCCUGCCUGGUGUAGCUUCGAAUUUACAGGAAACGCCUAAUGACGAAGAAGCUCGGAUUACUAAAGGAAAUGUGCCGCGAGGGGAAACAAAUGUCGUCUCCCAACAUGGGAUGGUGAGGAGGAGAGGUGUCGGGCUUCUUGAAGCUUGUUUAAUACCAGGAGUAAUACCAUUUGCACUGUGCCUUUUCUUCGCUAAGCUUGUGGCCUACACAUUUCUGUACUGGCUACCAUUUUAUCUUAGUCAGACGGAAAUUGGUGGAGAGUAUGUUUCUGUGAAAUCUGCUGGAAAUCUAUCCACCUUGUUUGAUGUAGGUGGCAUUGUUGGUGGAAUCCUUGCUGGCCACAUCUCUGAUAAACUUGGUGCUAGGGCUACUACAGCUGCCAGCUUCAUGUAUGCUGCAAUUCCUUCAAUGCUAUUGUAUCGCACAUUCGGAAAUGUUUCAGUGAAUGUCAACCUUGUACUUAUGAUGAUAACUGGCUUGUUUAUAAACGGGCCCUAUGCACUCAUCACCACUGCUGUUUCUGCGGACCUUGGCACCCACAGUUCCAUUAGAGGGGAUUCUCGAGCAUUGGCAACAGUGACUGCCAUAAUUGAUGGUACUGGAUCAGUUGGAGCAGCUCUUGGCCCUCUUCUUACUGGUUUCAUCUCAACAAAAGGAUGGGAUGCAGUAUUUGUGAUGCUAAUGAUUGGUGCUCUUAUUGCGGGACUUCUUUUGUCGGGUUUGGUUAUAGCUGAACUCUCUGAGAGAACUUGCAAUCCAAUGUCUCAAUCCAGCGGCCAGCAAAGUCUUGGAGAUCACGUGACUCAACCCCUACUAAGGGAUCGAAGGUGAUAAAUUUGGGUCUUAAGAAGCUUCAUGCUGUUGAGAACCUCAAAGCAAAAGGCCUCAACUGCAUAGAACUGGUAUUUGGAUACUUCGAUGAAUAGUACGGAGGCAACACCUACGUAAAUCCCAAGAUUUUUUCGCUUUGGAUGUAUCUUGUAGCACAUGUACUCAAUAUCCUAUUAGGGAUUUGUGAGAAUUGUUAGAUUCACAUAGGAAUUUCAUAAAAGUGAACUUAUAAACUGACAUGGUUUAAUGUGAUACGUUGGAUUUACUUUACAGUGAAAA